AUGGCUGCCAAACGGGCACACAAAGAGCGGAUAUGGACUCGGAGGGAGAUCGAGGGGUUGAUCGCGGAGGGACGAAAGAUCAUAAUACUGCAAUGUCAGGUCGUCAAGGUCGAUGCCUGGAUACCAUUUCACCCUGGUGGUGAAAAGACAAUACUACACAUGGUCGGCAGAGACAGCACGGAUGAGGUGCUGGCACUACAUUCGCCUGAGGCUGUGACCAUGAUGCAGAAAUAUGUGAUCGGAAGGAUAGAAGGCAGGUGGGAAAACUUUGUGCCACCCAUACAAGGCGGUGUCUUCAGAAACAUCGCCGAGGCAGAGGAGGAAUGCGAGAGGGAAGAGUCAGUGCAACCAGAGGCGUCAGAGUCCUCCGACAGCAGCGCCCCUUCACCAGUCUUCGACUCAGUAGAAGGUAUCGCCAGACGAAGAUUUGCUACAGAGACGAGCUCUAUCUCCUCCGGCCCCUCAGAACUGGAUCUGCCAGAGCCAGCGACCGAACAAAUUCAAACUCCCAAGGCCCAACCCGCAUUCAUCUGCUCCAACCCUUCCAACGAACUCCUCAACUACCCAUCCCUGUCCCCCGCCUCCCAAGACGCCAUCUGCACCAAAUACCGCGAGCUCGACGCCAAGAUGCGCGCCGAAGGCAUGUACCAGUGCAAUUACAGCGCCUACGCCUGGGAAAUGUCGCGCUGCCUCGCCCUCUUCCUGGCCUUCCUCUACUGCCUCCACAUCUCCCAGUACGCCCUCGCCGGCGUCUUCCUCGGCCUCUUCCGCCACCAACUCGUCUUCACCGCCCACGACGCCGGCCACAACGGCAUCACCCACAAUCUCCACAUCGACACCUGCAUCGGCAUCUUCAUCGCCAACAUCUGCGGCGGCCUCUCCAUCGGCUGGUGGAAACGCAGCCACUACGUCCACCACAUCGUGACCAACUCCCCCGAACACGACCCAGACAUAGAACACAUGCCCGUCUUCGCCAUCUCCACCAAAUUCUUCAACAACCUCUACUCCACCUACCACAACAAAACCAUGGUCUUCGACGCCGCCGCCCGCUGGUUCAUCGCCCGCCAGCACUACCUCUACUACCCCAUCCUCUCCCUCGCCCACUUCAACCUCUACGCCCAAUCCUACAUCUACCUCUUCUCCGCCCAACCCCCCAAGCGCGGCCCCGCCUGGAGCACUGGUACCUCGAACUCCUCAGCCUCGCAAUCUACUGGUACUGUCCUCGUCUCCCACAUCGUCUGCUCCCCGCUCCACAUCCAAAUCACCCUCUCGCACUUCGCCAUGUCCACCGCCGACCUGGGCGUCCACGAGUCCUUCCCGCAGAAGAUGCUGCGCACCACCAUGGACGUCGACUGUCCGCCCUGGCUGGAUUUCGUGCAUGGGGGGUUGCAGUUCCAGGCUGUGCAUCAUUUGUAUCCGCGCAUGCCGCGGCAUAAUUUACGGAAGGCCCAGAAAUACGUGAAGGAGUUUUGUGCGGAAGUGGGCAUACCAUACGUAAUCUAUGGGUUCGGGAGGGGGAAUGCGGAGGUGUUGGGGAGGUUGGGGGAGGUCGCGAGGCAGGUCAAGUACCUGGAAGAGUGCCAGAAAGUUGCCGCCAGAGAUCUGUUCGAGGGCGAGGGACACCACGUUCAGAGACAGUCGAAAAUAUAG